GAUUGAGGUGUUGAGCUUUUUUUAUGGUUGCAGAGGAAUAUCUAUGAUGGUUGUGCUUCACACUGCUGUCCACUGCUUCGGCGAACUUUGUUUUUUCUCCGAGAUUAAUCAAACAACAAUCUUGAUUGAUUACAGGUUAUGAUGAUCAUCUGAUUGUCUUCAGCAACAGUGUUGAACAUUUGAGCCUCAGUAUGUCAGAAGACUUUAGGAAAGACUGUCUUUCAGAGAACCACAGUGUGAGAUCAGUUGCAUCUGUGUCAGUGAAGAGUGACUGGUCAAAAGGUAGAGUUCCAAACUUCAGUGAGGAAAAAACAUCAUCCAAUAAAAGUGUGAGAUCAGGUUCACAUGUGUCCAGCUCUGUGUCAGUGAAGAGUGACUGGUCAAAAGGUAGAGUUCCAAACUUCAGUGAGGGAAAAACAUCAUUUAAUAAAAGGCUGCAAAAUGAGACCGUAAAUUCAGAUCAUGAGACGCAUGUUAACCAAAAGAGUUCCAGAAAUGCUCUCCCAUCAAUCUUUCAGGAUCUUGAAAACCAAAUAAUUAAAUAUGUGAAGAGUGAGCUAAAAACAUUCAAGUUCAUUGUUCAAAAAGAAAACAUUCAAUAUUUUGUAAAGGACUUCAAUGAGAACAGAUGCAGAAUAAAAGAAGCAGCUCUUGAUCUCACACUCUACUUUCUGAGAGAAAUGAAGCAAGAUGAAGCUGCUGAUACUCUAGAAGCUGAGCUGUUCUUCAUUAAUCAGCUGAAAUGUGGCCUACAAAAGAAGUAUCAGUGUGUGUUUGAAGGAAUUGCACAGCAAGGAGACUCCACACUCCUGAAGAACAUCUACACAGAUCUCUAUAUCACUCAGGGUGGCAGUGAACAGGUCAAUACUGAACAUGAAGUCAGACAGAUUGAAUUUGUUUCCAAACGUCAUGAAGCACAAGAAAUACGGGUUGAAUGCAGACAUUUGUUUGAAGCAUCUGAACAAGACAAGCAGAUCAGAACUGUACUGACAAAAGGGGUCACUGGCAUCGGGAAAUCAGUCUCUGUGCAAAAGUUUGUUCUGGAUUGGGCUGAAGGAAAAGAAAAUCAAGAGAUCAGCUUCAUAUUUCCUCUUCCCUUCAGAGAGAUGAACUUAAAGGAGAAAGAAAAGCUCAGUUUGAUGGACCUUAUAACUCAGUUUUUCCCAGAGACAGAAGGACUGAACCUUACAAGAAGGAAUCGAUUCAAAAUCCUGUUCAUUCUUGAUGGAUUGGAUGAAUGUCGUCUUCCUCUGAACUUUGCUGGUAAUGAGACGUAUCGUGAUGUUUCGUCACCAGCCUCUCUGGAUGUUCUCCUGACGAACCUCAUCAAGGGAAAUCUGCUUCCUUCUGCUCUCAUCUGGAUCACCAGCAGACCAGCAGCUGCCAGUAAGAUUCCUCCUGACUGUAUCGACCGGCUGACAGAGAUACGAGGAUUCAAUGAUGAACAAAAGGAGGAGUACUUCAGAAAAAGACUCACAGAUGAGAAUCAGGCCAAAGAAAUCAUUGAUCACAUUAAACAAUCAAAGAGUCUCUUCAUCAUGUGCCACAUCCCAGUCUUCUGCUGGAUUUCAGCCACUGUUCUCCAGAACAUUUUACAGGAGAAGAGAAAUAAUGAUGUGAAACACAAUCAGGCUGAUGAUGCCUCCAAAACACUGCAGGAAUCAAACACUGAAGACACUCCCAAGACUCUGACACAAAUGUACACACACUUUCUGCGCUUUCAGAUCCAGCAGAGCAGACGAAAGUAUGAUGGAGAAAACACACCAGAUGUGUCCUGGGAUAAAGACGCCAUCCUCUCACUGGGGAAACUGGCAUUUGAUAAUCUGGCAAAAAAUAACCUGGUCUUCUAUGACACAGACCUGGAAGCAUGUGGCAUUGACGUUUAUAAGGCCUCAGUUUACUCAGGCAUGUGUACCCAGAUCUUUAAGGAGGAAACAGGGAUUGUUCUUGGUACCAUGUACUGCUUUGUUCACUUGAGUGUUCAAGAGUUUAUUGCAGCCCUUUAUGCACAUCUGUUUCUAGAUAUCAACAAGAAAAGUGUGUUUGAUCAAGACUCUAAAAACAGAAAUGAAUCCAUGAUUGAUUUGCUGAAGACUGCAGUGGACAAGGCACUUGAGAGUGACAAUGGACACCUGGACCUUUUUCUUCGCUUUGUUCUCGGUCUGUCGCUCCAGUCCAAUCGCCGACUUUUACAGGGUCUGUUGACACAACAAGAUGACAAUAACUGGAGCAAAUGGAAAAUACUUCAAUACUUCAUUAGGACAAUAGAUCAGCAGCAAGAGCACAAUGACCAGAGCAAAGAGGAAAUAGUUCAGUACAUCAAGCAGAAGUUUGAAGCGAAUCUUUCUCCAGAGAGAUCCAUCAAUCUGUUCUACUGUCUAAGUGAACUGAACGACCAAACUCUGGUGAAAGAGAUUCAGACUCACCUUAGCAAAGGAAGUCUCUCAUCUGCUGAUCUUUCACCUGCUCAGUGGUCUGCUCUGGUCUUUGUGUUGUUGACAUCAGAGGAGGAGAUGGAGGAGUUUGAGCUUCAGAAAUUUAAGAAAUCAGAUGAGUGUCUCAUCAGACUAUCAACAGUCAUCAAAACUUCCAGAAGAGCUCUGUUAAGUGAUUGUUACUUAACAGACAGAAGCUGUUCUGCUUUGGCUACAGUUCUCAGAUCAGAUACUAGUCUAAAAGAGCUGAACAUGAGCAAUAAUAAUCUGCAGGAUUCAGGAGUGAAGCUGCUCUGCGCUGGACUGAAGGAUAAAUGUGAUUUGGAAUUACUGAGGCUCAGUAAGUGUGAUCUAACAGUGGAAAGCUGUUCAGCUCUGGCUUCAGUUCUCAGAUCAGACUCCAGCAGUCUGAAGGAUCUUGACCUGAGCAAUAAUAAUCUGCAGGAUUCAGGAGUGAAGCUGCUCUCUGAUGGACUGAAGGACAGUAAACUGGAGAAACUCAGGCUUUCAGACUGCAGUAUCAGUGAAGAAGGUUAUAAAGCUCUGGCUUCAGCUCUGAGAUCAAACCCUUCACACCUUAUAGAGCUGGAUCUCAGAGGAAAUGAUCCUGGACAAUCAGGAGUGAAGGAGCUCACUGAGUUACUGCAGGAUCCACACUGUACACUGAAGACCCUGAGGUUUUUGAGUCCUGCUGCUGAUAAAUUCUGUCAGUUUGUGACUGGAAUUGUGGGUAAAAACCCGUUACUCCUGAAAGAACUGAAUCUGAGUGAUCAUGAACUAGGAGACACACGAGUGAAUCAACUCUCUGCUCUACUGCAGGAUAAACACUGUAAACUCAACACACUUAUUCUUUGGAGAUGCAGUAUUACAGAGAAACAGUGUAAGAUCCUGGCUUCAGCUCUGAAAUCAAACCCAUCACACCUAAGAGAACUGAACCUCAGUGAGAGUAAACUAGGAGACUCUGGAGUGAAAAAUCUCAGUGAUUUACUAAUGGAACCACAAUUCAGGCUGGAGAACCUACAUCUGUGUAAUUGCAGUAUUACAGAGGAACAGUGUAAGAUCCUGACUUCAGCUCUGAAAUCAAACCCAUCAUACCUGAGAGAACUGGACAUCAGUGAGAAUCAAAUAAGAAACACAGGAGUAAAUCUCUUAUGUGACGUACUGAAGGAUUCACACUGUAAACUGGAGACACUGAGGUUAAGCUGCUGUUCUCUGACAGAUGAAGGUUGUUCUGCUGUGACUUCAGCUCUGAAAUCAAACCCAUCACACCUGAGAAAACUGAACCUCAGCUGGAAUAAACUAGGAGACUCUGGAGUGAAAAACCUCAGUGAUUUACUGAGGAAACAUCAAUUCAAGCUGGAGAGACUAAGUCUGUAUAAUUGCAGUAUUACAGAGGAACAGUGUGUCAUCCUGACUUCAGCCAUAAAAUCAAACCCAUCACACCUGAGAGAACUGAACCUCAGUGAGAAUCCAAUAAGAAACACAGGAGUGAAUCUCUUAUGUGACGUACUGAAGGAUUCACACUGUAAACUGAAGACACUGAGUCUUUCAGACUGCAGUAUCAGUGAAGAAGGUUAUAAAGCUCUGGCUUCAGCUCUGAGAUCAAACCCUUCACACCUGAUAGAGCUGGAUCUCAGAGGAAAUGAUCCUGGACAAUCAGGAGUGAAGGAGCUCACUGAGUUACUACAGGAUUCACGAUGUACACUGAAGACACUGAGGUUUUUGAGUCCUUCUGCGGAUGAAGCCUGUAAGUUUGUGACUGGAAUUGUGGGUAAAAACCCGUUACUCCUGAAAGAACUGAAUCUGAGUGGCCAUGAACUGGGAGACACACGAGUGAAUCAACUCUCUGCUCUACUGCAGGACAAACACUGUGCAAUACAAACAUUCAUUCUGUGUGGAUGCAAUAUUACUGAUAAACAGUGUAUGAUCCUGACUUCAGCUCUGAAAUCAAACCCAUCACACCUGAGAGAGCUGGACCUCAGUAUGAAUGAUCUAGGAGACUCUGGAGUGAAAAACCUCAGUGAUUUACUGAUGAAGCCACAAUUCAAGCUGGAGACGCUACAACUUUCAAACUGCAGUAUCAGUGGAGAAGGUUAUAAAGCUCUGGCUUCAGCUCUGAGAUCAAACCCUUCACACUUGAAAGAGCUGGAUCUCACAGGAAAUGACCUCAGACAGUCAGGAGUGAAGGAGCUCACUGAUUUACUAAAGGAUCCAAAUUGUACACUCAGCAUACUGAGGUUUUUGAGUUCUGCUGCAGAUGAAGCCUGUAAGUUUGUGACUGCAAUUGUGGGUAAAAACCCGUUACUCCUGAAAGAACUGAAUCUGAGUGGCCAUGAACUAGGAGACACACGAGUGAAUCAACUCUCUGCUCUACUGCAGGAUAAACACUGUACAAUCAACACACUCAUUCUGUGUGGAUGCAAUAUUACAGGGGAACAGUGUCUGGUCCUGGCUUCAGCUCUGAAAUCAAACCCAUCACACCUGAGAGAACUCAACCUCAGUGGGAAUAAUAUAGGAGACUCCGGAGUGAAAAACCUCAGUGAUUUAGUGGCAAACCUACAAUUGAAUCUGGAAAAACUAGUAUUAUCAGAUUGCAGUAUCAGUGAAGAAGGUUAUAAAGCUCUUGCUUCAGCUCUGAGAUCAAACCCUUCACACCUGAUAGAGCUGGAUCUCAGAGGAAAUGAUCCUGGACAAUCAGGAGUGAAGGAGCUCACUGAUUUACUACUGGAUUCAAUUUGUACACUCAACACACUGAGGUGCUUUAGUCCUGCAGCAGAAGAAGCCUGUCAGUUUGUGACUGGAAUUGUGGGUAUAAACCCGUUACUCCUGAAAGAACUGAAUCUGAGUGGUCAGGAACUAGGAGACACACGAGUGAAUCAACUCUCUGCUCUACUGCAGGAUAAACAUUGUCAGAUCAACAGAUUCAUUCUGUAUAGAUGCAGUAUUACAGAGGAACAGUGUGUGGUCCUGACUUCAGCUCUGAAAUCAAACCCAUCACACCUGAGAGAACUGAACCUCAGUCAAAAUGAACUAGGAGACUCUGGAGUGGAAAACCUCAGUGAUUUACUGAUGAAGCCACAAUUCAAGCUGGAGAAACUAAAUCUGUGUAGCUGUAGGAUCACAGAGGAACAGUGUGAGAUCCUGACCUCAGCCCUGAAGUCAAACCCAUCAUAUCUGAGAGAACUGGACCUCAGUAUGAAUCAAAUAGAAAAUACGGGAGUGAAUCUCUUAUGUGACGUACUGAAGGAUUCACGCUGUAAAUUAGAGAAACUGAGUCUGUUUGGCUGUGGCAUUACAGAUGUUUCUUCUUUAACUCAGUGUUUGACAAACACAAAUGCUCUGCAGUUUCUAAAAGAGCUCGAUUUGAGCUUCAAUUACAUUGGAGAAUUAAAUCAAUGUCUCACUGAUGUGAUACGAAACUCAGACUGUGAACUGAGGUGA